UGGGUCGUGACAGAGAUGCAUCUUUUGCUUACAUAUAGUUAGCCCAAGCGAGACAGUAAUAACGUUACCGUUUUUGGUGAAAUAAUCCGGUCAUAAAAACGAAACAUUACACCUCAAAACAAUCUCACGAGGACGAUAAAAAGGACGAUAUUUCAUUGAAGCGGAAGCGUUUCGGGAGUCAGUGUUUACGCUAAUGAGUGCAAACGUUACUCAUCAAAAGCGAUGCUUCGGUGGAUUCUUGGUGGUCGAGAAGCUCAGGGUUCAGUGGAGAAAAGCCCCGUGUUGUGCAUCGGAGAGGAACAGCCCAAAAACUGCUUCACUGAGCUGCAGGUGCUGAAAGGACAUUUUGACAUUGUUCGAUUUCUGGUGCAGAUUGAUGACUUCAGAUGUGCCUCAGCCGGCGACGAUGGCCUUGUUUUGGUGUGGAAUGUCGAGACCGGGGAGAGGCUGCAGGAGCUGAGGGGCCAUUCCCAGCAAAUAACAGCCAUAACCACCUUCACCUGUAAUAAUGGCCUCACAUCGCACACCUCGCUCAUCACAGCCUCCUCAGACCGAAGCCUCAGUCUGUGGGACCCGGAUACAGGCAACCGAGUUCAGACCAUUUCAGAUCUGCAGUCUUCUGUAAAGUGUUUGCUGGUGCUGGAGCGGCUGUGUGUGUGGGUCUCUGGUGGGGAAGAACUGUGUGUGUGGAACAAAGACUUUCAGCUGCAGUGCCACAGACAGAACCACAGCGACACCGGAAUAACCGCUUUGAUAGAGCUGCCCAAGAACUGUAUAGCGGCUGCUAUGGAUAAAGAGAUAGUGAUCUACAGGCUGACAGUCUCCACUGACUCCUCCCUGUCACUGGCAGAAAUCCGCUGCCUGUCUGACCACCAGGACAGGAUUCGAGCUCUCAUCAACGUCAAUGACGGGCUCUUCGCCAGCGGUUCCCAUGCGGGCGAGUUGAUCUUAUGGGAUGCGAUUGAUUGGAACAUCCUGGCCUAUGAGCACAUCCUGUGGGAGGAGUCACAAGCCAGCACUCAGGCCGAAAUACGACUGGCUGCCCCCAAACCCAGUGAGAUGUCCAUUCAGCAUCUGACCACCAAUGGACGGCUCAUCCUUGCAGCCGUGGGCAGCGGCCUGUACGUGUACAGCAUUCUGACCAAGACUGUGGUGGCCUACAGGAAGGUGGCCCACGACUCGAAUGUGUUACACACCAUGCUGUUAUCUGACAGCGAGCUCAUGUCCUGCUCUGAAGACGGCAGUGUGAGGAUGUGGGAGAUCCAGGACCUGCCUUUGCCUGCUGAACCAGCCUCUGCAGGAUUCUUUGGGAUGUGGACUUUCAGCCGGUCAAACAAACAGACCGGUCCUCCGUCUAAGAAGGUCAUGGACAUCCCAAACAUCAGGACGCUGGAGUUGACAGGCGAUCUGAUUGGACACUCGGGAGCAAUCCAGAUGUUCGUGAGCUUUCAGGAGAACGGUUUGGUCACCUGCUCGACGGACCACCUGCUCAUUCUGUGGAAGAACGGAGAGAGGCAGUCCCACCUCCGCAGCCUGGCACUUUUCCAAAAACUGGAGGAGAACGGAGGACUUUGACCUUUAACCCCUGAAUCACCACCUUUAAAGAACAAAAAAUCAGAUGUGAAGUCGUUGGAUGGUGAUGGCCUCACAUCGUUUGUGUUUGCUGUAAUGAUUGUCGUUAGCUUUAAUGAUAAUGUGAUGUUUGCCUUUUGACUGAAAGUAUUUAACUAAAUUAAUGGAAAGUAUUGAAAUCUAAAAAAAGAGCUCAGUAAAUACCUCAUAUUUGAAACAGA